AUGAACAGAUCUCGUAGAUAAGAAUUAUUGCAAUUAAUUAACAAAAAACGAAGUUUUCUUUCUCCUUCAAUUAAGAGAACAUCUAAUAAUAAACCUUUUAGAAGAUAAAGUUGUCGUUGCUCAGAGUGUGGGAAUGUUGGUGUUUUUUAAGAUAGAUAAAAUGCUUUGCAUCCACAGACUUAUAUUAGGGCUCAUCAUUGUAAAAAGAAGAAACGAAGAAUGUAAAGAAGAAAAGGCACUUAUGUUACUUCAACCAGUUUAAAUAUUGGAGAUUCAUAAAACAAUACACUAAUACUCACCAAUCAUAAUAAAUCAAAAAAAGCAAAAACUAUACUUGUGACUUCAUAAACUUAAGAAGCUAUAUAAAAAUGUAAAAGACUAUUAACUAAAGAUGAUUAACAAAUUAAUUAUGAAUUCUUUUAUCAUAAUGAAUUAAAAUAUUCUAAAACUAUGAUGGAAAUGUCUUAAUACUCUUAAACUUAUGAAACAGCUUUGGUUUCAUUCGUUAAUCUUACUAAAUCACCUAGUUUUGGAUUUAAUAGUUAUAAAAAUAUUAUCAAUGAAUCAAGAACUAGUUCAAGUGAUGAAUAAAGUCAAAAAGUAUCUGACUUAAAACCUAUCCAAUUAAAAACUCCUCUUAUUAAAACCAAAAACAUAUCAAUGCAUAAUCGCAAACUUACUGAAGGUAUUAUGCAUACAAAUGUUAACAAAACGGUUUAAUAAUUUGUGUAGUCCUGUAACUCAAUUAAAAUGAUCAAUACUCCAAAACCAUAAAAACAAAUAUAAUUACCAUCAAUUAAUUCUAAAAAAGAAUAAAACAAAUUUUCUGUCUAUUUAUUGAGCUCCCCUAGAAAGGUACUCUUUGAAAUGAAAACUCAAAUUACAUCUUAAAAAAAAAUUAAACCUUAUAAAAAGUGA